UUAGCUGGGCCUUAAUUGAUUGGAUUUCUAACAAGGUUUCAUCGUUUGAUCAGGCACCUGUACGGCACAUUCUGAAGUUUGUUUUAUUGGAGAACCGUCAGGAGCAUACAUAAUUGAUAGGAUUUGAAGCCACCUCCAUUUGCAAUCAAUCACUAACAUCACUAGCAACAGUAUUAGUGUCUGGCAGGCAUUUAGUCGGAGAUGAAGCUUUUUAUCAACACACAGUAGUGGACGACAUGCGAUGGAAUUUGAGCAAAGAAAGAGCCAGUAGGACCGAGGUCUGAGAACUAUGAACAAAGUGAUGGACCAGCGGUCAUCUCAGCCCAAGUCCAGCUUGACCAAAGUGCUGCUCAAGGACAAUGUGGCGAUGCAGCAAGUCCUGGAGAAACAAAUCUCCACUCUAUCAGUAGAACAGAAGAGAAUUGAAAAGAUUCUUGAACUGAGCCGAAGAACUUUCAUUCACAAACAAACUAAGAAGCAAAAACAACUGGAAAAGAUUGGUCUGACACAUAUCUCGAUUUUACCAAAUAUCGACCCUCACCAGACUCGUUGCCAAAGUUCUUCAAAUGCCAGAAGGCUACACUCAAGGUCAAGGUCAAGUCCACAGGUUCACUGGGAUUUACCAGGGUCAAGGUUAGAGACAGGUCAAGGUCAAACUGAAGCAACUAUGAUCACUCACAGAUCUCUGACAGAUCUGAAUAGCUGCAGUCUAAAAAAAUCUGAGGCAAAAGUUGAUUCAAAAGAAGAGUUAAAAAUGCCUAGAAUAACAGUAGAUGAAGGGGAUGCACCCGUGGCUGACAGCCGGCCUGGAUCAUCUACAUUAAGACAUUGUAAAAGUGCCGGCGAUUUACAACGGUCUUUGUCAGUUCCGGAUGAUGUUCACGAUAAAGACCAGGAAACCACCCUGCCCUCUCUAGAAGACACAAUGCAAGCAAGAAGACACACAAUAUUUUCACCAACUCAAAGGCAAUUCACAGGAUAUCCAAGAGGGUUUUCUUCAAAACUAAGAACUAGACGUGCAACAAUAGCAUUCCCAGUAUUAAUGGACCAGUCGCAGGUAAUGAACGACCCACGGUUCCUGGGACUAAAGAAUGCGUUAAUACCUCUAAACGAACCAGAGCCAGAACCUGCUGAGGAGAGCAGCGAGGAGAGCGAGGAGGAGGAGGAGGAGGUGGUCAGACGACCAAGAAAUGCCAUGUUUAUCAGUGCAGCUGAUCUGGAUGAUUAAUUGUCACUGUCUUAAAAAAGUGCCUCUCGAGAUAUCGCUGACUGUAAGAACAGUGAAAUUUCUUAUGUUGAUAUUAUAUAAGAAAGUUGCAACAUGCAACAGAAUUUAUCAAAGUGACCUAGA